CACGAAGUCCCCUUUUUGUCCCUAUCUGCGUAAUAUGGGUGUGUUUUUUGUGAAACCGAGGAGAAGAUAAAGGAACGCACAGAAGGCUUUUUGUCGCACACACUCCUGAUUGAUCAACUGACUUCUCCGCAAACACAGUAUUAGAAACAGACGCCAAGAUGUGCUGCGCAGGAUUCCUCAAACUGAUGAUGUUCAUCUUCAACGGCACCAUUUGCUUAGCAGGUGCUGCCAUCCUGGGCGUGGGCAUUUGGGUGAAGGUGGACAGCAAUUCCCUGAUGGGAAUACUGGAUAGCGUGGAGGACAUUCCCCCAGAGAUAUCCGAGGUCGCAAACGUCGCCUACCUGCUCAUCGCGGUGGGGUCCGUGUUGCUGGUCAUCGGCUUCCUGGGCUGUUGCGGCGCCGUGAAGGAAAGCAGGUGCAUGCUUCUGACGUUCUUCAGUAUCGUGCUGAUAAUAUUCCUCAUCGAGGUCGCCGGCGCUGUGGUGCUGCUGGUUUUUAGCGACGUGGCCGAGAAGCUCUUCGACAGCCUCGAGACCGAAGUCAAGAAAAGCCUCGGCGAGAAGUAUGGAAAAGACGAGAGCCUGACCUCGCUCUGGGACAGCACCAUGAUGGGGUUUCAGUGCUGCGGGUACAAGAACUACACCGACUUCAACGGCUCGCCCUUCUACAUGCAAAACAACGGUUCCUAUCCGUCCCAGUGUUGCAACGGGACGGAGGCGAGCGACACCUGUAGCGCAGAGGCGGCAGGCGAGGCCGCGGAACUGAAGUUGGUUGGCGGCUGCUUUGACAAGCUGAUGCAGCUGAUUGAGGAAAACAUCGUGAUAAUUGCCGCUGUGGCGCUCGGGAUUGCCGCUCUUGAGAUUGCUGCCAUGGUGGUCUCAAUGGUUCUCUACAAGCAGAUUGGUAACAAAGCGUGAUAGUCGCUCUGUUGUUUUUCUUGUAAUUUAAUAAGAUCACAGAUACAUUUCCUUGAGGAUAAGUUGUUUUGCACCCAGUUUCACUAAGAACAGUCAGGGAUUAAAGGGGAACAUUAUCACAAUUUCUGAAUGGUUAAAACCAAUAAAAAUGAGUUCCCAGUGGCUUAUUUUAUUUUUCGAAGUUUUUCUCAAAAUUUUACCCAUCACGCAAUAUCCCGAAAAACGGCUUCAAAGUGCCUGAUUUACACCAUCGCAAUAUCCACCCGUCCAUUAUCCUGUGACGUCACAGCGUGCAGCCACCAGAAAAAAACAUGGCAGAUAGUACAGAAAGGUAUAGCAUAGUAGCUCCAACAGAUUACGCAUGUAUUGAAACGGAUGGUUGGAGUGUGGAGGCAGGUACCGAAAACGAAAUUAAAGAACAGAAGCUUUUGAGCCAUAUCACGACAGACAGCGGCACGGGAGGAAGCGCGGACAAAUUCGGCGAUCGCCUUCUAACCAACGAUUGGUGUGUGUUUGUUUGGCAUUAAAUGUGGGUGGAGGGAAAGGCUGGAUGCAAACAUAGCUACAAAUGAGGCAUAAUGGUACAAUAUGUACAUACAGCUAGCUUAAAUAGCAUGUUAGCAUCGAUUAGCUUUCAGUCAUGCCGUAACCAAAUAUGUCUGAUUAUCACACUCCACAUAAGUCAACAACAUCAACAAAACUAACCUUUGUGAUUUGGUUGACCUUAUUGUUGGAAAUGCAUCUGCUUUGAGUGUCGCAAGAUAUCCACACAUUCUUGCCAUCUCUGUCGUAGCAUAGCUGUCGUCGGUACAGUGUGCGGAACAAAUGAGGGACUUUUGCAUCUUUUGACCACUGUUGCAACUUGAAUCCGUCUCUGUUCGUGUUGUUACACCCUCCAACAACACACCGACGAGGCAUAAUGUCUCCAAGGUACCGGAAAACAGUCGAAAAAACGGAAAAUAACAUAGCAGAUUCGACUUGGUGUGUGUAAUGUGUUUGAGAAAAUGGCGGGUCGCUUCACGAUGUGACGUCACGGGUGAAAGGUCAUCGCCCGACAGGCUAUCAAAUGAAAGGCUUUUAAAUCGCCAAAUUCACCCUUUUAGAGUUUGGAAAUCGGUUAAAAAAAAUAUGGUCUUUUUUCUGCAACAUCAAGGUAUAUAUUGACGCUUACAUAGGUCUGGUGAUAAUGUUCCCCUUUAAAAAAAAAAAGUGUGUUUAUAUUUCAAUGGAUGCCUUGACUUUAAAUCGUUAAGCUUGUAAUAUAGACAAUGUGCGGGUAUUAAUAACUGUAUGAUAUCACUUGCAGACUGAUGACGUCAUUCUAUUUUUUAUAUUUGAUCAAAGCAAAGAAAUAAAAGGGAGUGUUGGUAUUUGUUCAAGUUA